GCCGGAUGCGGGCGUCGCCGUGGCUGCCCGGGCCCUAGGGAUGGGCGGAGCCCCGGCCGCUAGUGUUGGUGGCCGCCACCCCCGAUCCCGAGACGGUGCUGUCGCUGUGUUCCCGCGCGUCGCUGCUUCCCAGGGCGGCGGUAUGCUGGGGAAAGGGGUGGUCGGCGGCGGCGGCGGCACCAAGGCGCCCAAGCCCUCCUUCGUGUCGUACGUGCGCCCUGAGGAAAUUCACACAAAUGAAAAGGAAGUAGCUGAGAAGGAAGUCACUCUUCACUUGUUGCCAGGUGAACAGCUGCUUUGUGAAGCCAGCACAGUCCUGAAGUACGUGCAGGAGGAUUCCUGUCAGCGUGGCACCUAUGGGAGACUCGUAUGCACAGACUUCAAGAUUGCCUUCCUGAGCGAUGAUGAGUCUGCCUUGGACAGUGGUGAAGCUCAGUUUAAGAAUAAGGUUAUAGGAGAAAAUGACAUUACCCUUCACUGUGUUGAUCAGAUUUAUGGAGUGUUUGAUGAGAAAAAAAAAACUCUCUUUGGACAACUGAAGAAAUACCCUGAGAAACUCAUCAUUCACUGCAAAGACCUCCGAGUGUUCCAUUUCUGUCUGAGGUACACAAAAGAAGAAGAAGUCAAAAGGAUUGUCAGUGGGAUAAUUCACCAUACCCAGGCUCCUAAGCUACUUAAAAGAUUAUUUCUGUUUUCCUAUGCAACUGCUGCGCAGAACAACACAGCCACUGAUCCCAGGAACCAUACGGUGAUGUUUGACACUCUUAAGGACUGGUGCUGGGAAUUGGAGCGUACCAAAGGCAAUGUGAAGUACAAAGCAGUGAGCAUCAAUGAAGGCUACAGAGUCUGUGAGAGGUUGCCAGCAUUUUUCGUCGUCCCCACCCCUCUUCUGGAAGAGGAUGUGCUGCGCUUUCAGGGCCAUGGCAUACCAAUAUGGUGUUGGUCCUGCCACAAUGGAAGCGCCCUUUUGAAAAUGUCAGCACUGCCCAAAGAACAGGAUGACGGCAUUUUGCAGAUGCAAAAGAGCUUCUUGGAUGGAAUUUACAAGACCAUCCACAGGCCACCUUAUGAAAUUGCUAGAACUGAAGACUUAUCGAGCAACUUCCUGUCCCUGCAGGAAAUCCAGACUGCAUACUCUAAGUUUAAACAGCUCUUUCUGAUAGAUAACAGUACUGAAUUUUGGGACACAGAUAUAAAAUGGUUUUCUCUCUUGGAAAGUAGCAGCUGGCUUGACAUAAUCAGACGUUGUCUGAAGAAAGCAAUAGAGAUCACAGAAUGCAUGGAAGCACAAAACAUGAACAUUCUUCUAUUAGAGGAGAGCGCCUCCGACCUCUGCUGCCUCCUUUCUUCUCUGGUUCAAGUGAUGAUGGACCCCCACUGUAGAACCCGGACUGGUUUCCAGAGCCUCGUCCAAAAGGAGUGGAUCAUGGGUGGCCACUGUUUCUUGGAUCGCUGCAACCAUCUCCGCCAGAGUGACAAAGAGGAGGUGCCCGUGUUCCUGCUCUUCUUAGAUUGUGUCUGGCAGCUGGUGCACCAGCAUCCCCCAGCAUUUGAGUUCACCGAGACUUACCUGACUGUCCUGUCGGAUAGCCUGUAUAUCCCUAUUUUUAGUACCUUCUUCUUCAACUCACCUCAUCAAAAAGAUACUAACAUGGGCAGGGAAAGCCCGGAUACACAAAGCAAGCCUUUGAACCUGCUCACCGUGUGGGAUUGGUCUGUACAGUUUGAACCCAAAGCACAGAUACUGCUCAGAAACCCUCUGUAUGUGGAAAAGCCAAAACUGGACAAAGGCCAGCGGAAAGGAAUGCGUUUCAAACAUCAACGACAACUUUCUUUGCCACUCACACAGUCUAAGUCAUCUCCCAAAAGAGGAUUUUUCAGGGAAGAGACAGAUCAUUUAUUUAAAAACAUUCUGGGCAAGAGAAUUAGCAAACUUAUUAACUCUUCGGAUGAUCUUCAGGACAACUUGCGGGAGUUCUAUGACAGUUGGCACAGCAAGCCUACUGACUACCACGGUUUGUUGUUGCCUCAUAUAGAGGGGCCAGAAAUCAAAGUUUGGGCACAGCGCUACUUGCGUUGGAUUCCAGAAGCCCAAAUCCUAGGUGGUGGCAGAGUGGCCACUAUGAGCAAACUCUUUGAAAUGAUGGAGGAAGUCCAGAGCUUACAAGAGAAAAUUGACGAACGGCACCACAGCCCAGCGUCCCUCCAGGCCGAGGCUCCCUGCCUGCUGAAGAACUCUCUUCGCCUGUCCUCACUCUUCCCUUUCGCUUUGCUCCAGCGACACUCAUCCAAACCUGUCUUGCCCACCUGUGGCUGGAAAGCUUUGGGAGAUGAGGAAGAUCUGGCCAAACGAGAAGACGAAUUUGUGGACCUAGGGGACGUGUGACUCAAGUGUUUGGUGACUGUGGAGAGGUGUGUGGGAGGUUGGGACCACUGGUCUUAGUGUCUUGCUAAUGCCAGGAGGGUCCUAGUCCAGCCUCUGAUGGAGAAAAUCUAGACCUUGAAGAAA